AUGUUGUCCCGGAGACUACUACGGGGCUUGCCAUCAACAAACCGCGCGUCGAGGCAUCUUCAGUCAAUUUUAGCCAACCGACAGCACCCCGUGCGUAGCUAUGCCGCGGCUCCUUCCCCAAACGACGCCUUCGCUAAUGGUAGCAACGCCUACUACGCCGAUGAGAUGUACCGUUUAUGGAAAGAAGAUUCAAAAUCCGUGCACCCGUCAUGGGACGUCUACUUCUCCGGCCUUGACAAGGGACUGCCCAGUUCCGUGGCAUUUCAACCCCCUCCUUCCACACAUUUACCACAUCCCUCCGACGGAGCGCCCGCUCUUUAUUCCAACGGAGGUGGCGAUCUCGAUGUUCACUUGAAAGUGCAACUUCUUGUCCGAGCCUACGAAGUGCGGGGGCACCAUGUGGCUGAACUGGACCCUCUUGGCAUUCUUGAUGCUGAUUUAGCCGAUGUCAAGCCACCUGAGCUCGAACUCAGUCGUUACGGUUUCACUGAACGUGAUCUCGACAGGGACAUCACCUUGGGCCCCGGUAUCCUUCCCCAUUUCGCUACUGAAGGGCACAAAACCAUGAAGCUCCGCGAUAUCAUUAAGCUUUGCAAGCGCAUAUAUUGCGGAGCCGUCGGUAUACAAUACAUCCACAUUCCUGACAAAGAACAAUGUGACUGGAUUCGGGAACGCGUCGAAACGCCUAAACCUUGGAACUACACCGUUGACGAGAAGCGUAUGAUCCUCGACCGCCUCAUCUGGUCAGAGUCCUUCGAGAAAUUCAUGGCUAGCAAAUAUCCCAACGAGAAGCGUUUCGGAUUGGAAGGAUGCGAAUCUCUCAUCCCCGGUAUGAAAGCCCUGAUCGACCGUUCCGUCGAUCACGGCGUCAAGCACAUAACCAUCGGCAUGCCUCAUCGAGGCCGUCUUAACGUCCUCGCCAAUGUCAUCCGAAAACCUAUUGAAGCCAUUUUGAAUGAGUUCUCUGGUGACAACGCGGGUGACUGGCCCGCUGGUGAUGUCAAAUACCAUCUUGGUGCCAAUUAUGUUCGCCCAACUCCCUCAGGAAAGAAGGUGUCCCUUUCCUUAGUUGCCAACCCUUCCCACUUGGAAGCUGAGGAUCCAGUCGUCCUUGGAAAGACUCGUGCUAUUCAGCAUUUUGAGGGAGACGAGACUACUCAUAAUACCGCUAUGGGUGUGUUGCUCCACGGAGAUGCUGCUUUCGCUGGUCAGGGCAUCGUUUAUGAGACUAUGGGGCUCCACAAUCUUCCGUGGUAUGGUACCGGAGGCACCAUCCAUCUUAUCGUGAACAACCAGAUUGGGUUCACCACUGACCCCCGGUUCUCCCGAUCUACGUCUUACCCCUCCGAUCUUGCAAAAACCAUUGACGCUCCCAUCCUCCACGUAAACGGCGACAACGUUGAGGCUGUCAACUUCGUCUGCCAACUUGCUGCGGACUACCGCGCCAAGUACAAGAAGGACGUCGUUAUUGAUAUUGUCUGCUACCGCCGCUAUGGGCACAAUGAAACCGAUCAGCCUAGCUUUACUCAGCCCAGGAUGUACAAGGCCAUUGAGAAGCAGCCCACCCCUCUCACUCAGUACACCAAGUUCUUGGUUGGCCGAGGAACAUUCACCGAAAAAGACAUUGAGGAGCACAAGACCUGGGUAUUGGGUAUGCUUGAGAAGGCUGCUGCUGGCGCCAAGGAUUACGUUCCCUCAAGCAAGGAAUGGCUCUCAGCUGCGUGGUCAGGAUUCCCAGGCCCUAAACAGCUAGCUGAGCAGACCCUCCCUACCCGUGCUACUGGUUCUGACGCAGAGACGCUCCAACGCAUCGGCAAAGCCAUUUCCUCUUACCCAACCGGCUUCACCCCACAUCGCAAUCUCGCUCGUAUUCUUGGGACUCGCGGUAAAACAGUUGAAGAAGGUGCUAACAUCGACUGGUCGACCGCUGAGGCUCUUGCCUUCGGUUCUCUCGCUCUGGAAAAGAUUCACGUUCGCGUUUCAGGUCAAGAUGUGGAGCGUGGUACCUUCUCCCAACGUCAUGCCGUCAUCCACGACCAAAUCAAUGAGCAGCAGUACAUUCCCCUGAACGACCUUGGGUCUAGCCAAGCACGAUUCGUCAUCUGCAACUCCUCGUUAUCCGAAUUCGGUACCCUUGGAUUUGAACUUGGAUACUCACUUGUCUCUCCAGAUUCCUUGACCGUCUGGGAAGCGCAAUUUGGUGACUUUGCCAACAACGCUCAAUGUAUCAUUGACCAGUUCAUUGCGGCUGGCGAAAGGAAAUGGCUUCAGCGUACUGGUUUGGUUGUUAACCUCCCCCACGGUUAUGAUGGUCAGGGCCCUGAGCAUUCCAGCGGCAGAAUUGAGCGUUUCUUGCAAUUGUGUGAUGACCAUCCCCACCACUUCCCCACCCAGGAAAAGGUUGAGCGUCAACAUCAGGAUUGCAACAUGCAAGUUGUCUACCCCACGACUCCAGCGAACUACUUCCACGUCCUUCGUCGCCAGAUUCACCGUGACUUCCGCAAGCCUCUUAUCCUCUUCUUCUCCAAGAGUCUCCUGCGCCACCCCAAAGCUCGCUCGAGUCUUGAUGAGAUGAUUGGAGACACUCACUUCCAACGCUAUAUCCCAGAACCUCACGAUUCAGGUUUGGUCGCUCCUGAGCAGAUCACUCGACAUAUCCUUUGCUCUGGCCAGGUCUACCACACGUUGUUGCAAGCUCGUGAGGAGAGAGGCAUCAAGGACAUUGCCAUCAGCCGUAUUGAACAACUCUCUCCCUUCCCUUACGACUUGAUCACUCCCCACCUUGACCUCUACCCCAAUGCCAGCCUUCUCUGGUGCCAGGAGGAGCCUCUCAACAACGGUGCCUGGAGUUACGUCGGUCCUCGCAUCUACACCGCUGCUGGAAAGACCCAACAUCAUAAAGGGAAAUAUCCGUUCUACGCAGGACGUGAACCCACCAGCUCUGUCGCUACUGGAAGCAAGCUCCAACACAAGAAAGAAAUUGAAGCAUUCCUUGACACUGCUUUCACCGCGCAGCCCGGUCAUGCGGGACAAUCAUAG